AUGACUAAUAAGCAUUUAUUAUUAUUUCAGGUGGUGUGGGCUAUCACUGUUGUUGGAUCAUUGAUUGGGAUAAUCGUAAUCUAUUUAAUGAAUAAGUCCUACGGUUACCAAGCUGAAGUAGGUGAUGACAAUUUACACGACAAUAGUACAGACGAUUUUGAUAUUGGAGUGGGAGAUUAUCAUAUGAGUUUAAGAGAUAAUAUGUCAACUCGGAAUGCUUAUUACAUUGUGUACGUGAUUUGGGGUAGUCUGAUUGGUGUGGGUCUAUUCCACUUCUUGUUUGCCGUCUUACUUUGUAAUGGCAUCAAUAAGAGAAACAAUUCGCAGAUCAAGGCAUAUUUCAUCUAUGGCAUAGUGAUGGCUAUAAUAAAUUCCAUUGCUGUUUUGGUACUUGGUUCGAUGUAUAGCAGUUUUUUUUUGCUUGUUGCUCCCCUGGUUGUCUACGGUUUUAUACUGCAUAUGAUAAAAUUGACUAUGGACAAGUUUUCGACCGGACAAGUACUCGAUUUUCAAUACAAGCGUCUCGUGGAACAGUUCGGACUCACUCCUUAG